AUGGAGGGAGACGAGGGCGAGGGCGCUUCGUGUUCGGCGGCGGCCGCCGCACAUCAGCAGCAGCCGCAGCAGAAGCGGCAGCAGGUGCGGGUGGUGCGCUGCCCCAAGUGCGAGAAGUUCCUGCCGGAGCUCCCCAACUACUCCGUCUACGUCUGCGGCGGAUGCGGCACCACUCUCCAAGCAACGAAGAACUCGGCAUCUGAGUCUUCUUUGGAGAAAUCUGAUGUUGUGCAUGUGAAGUACCUUGAAGUGCUGGAGAGUUUGCCAGAGAAGAAAGAAGCACCGGUAUCUGAAGCUAGCUUUGGAACUGUCCGAGAAGAAAACUCUGAAACUGUCGAAGCUACUGCACAAGAGAGAUCAGUACCACAAAGAAUGGUGUCUGAGCAGAGAGAGUUCAGAUGCAAUUCUGAUGGUAACCAAAUUCCAAGAGAGACAAGCACCUUGAAGUUUGAGACCACACUUAGAGAUGACAGCAGGGAAAUGCGGGAAGCCAAGUACCGGCGCAUACGUAAUGAGGAGAAAGGAGAAGUAAAGCAGCCAGUGAGACUAAGAGACAGAUCCCCGAGGUCUGUAGUCGACAGCCUUCCUCCUAAUGCUUAUCCUGGUGAACACGUGUCAGAAUACCAUAUGAAGUCAAGAUUUAGAGAUGCUAAUGGUGCUGACCAUGCAGACAAGAGGAAUAUGGAUGGCCCUAACAGUGUCAGUGGACUUAAGAAAGACCGUACUGAGCUUUUACGGGUGCUUGAUGAAUUGAGGGAUCAGGUGCAGAGAUCUUGCGAGAUCACCGAGAAGCCAAGUGGAAGUGCUUCCACAAACAGGGUGGCGGAUGUCUCAAGUUCGUGUGGUCCUCAUGAACAGUUGAAUCGGUUGCGGCACGCCUCACCUCAGUUACAGCGGAACAGUUCUCAGCACUCACCAUCCUUGAAUGGGCAAACUCCUGGCAUUCCGCAUGCUUAUGCUUCAGUGCCCUCACAGCAAGAUCUCCAUGGAUACAGAGAGCCCGUCGCACACAUGGGGGCUCCUUGCUAUCCUGCUGGCCAAUAUCCAUGGAGGAACUGCGACAACUAUUUCUUUGGGCAGUAUAAUCAUGACCCUCUGGUCUCUUACCACCACGAUGGCUUCUACCACCAGCCUGCCUGCUCUUGCCUUCAUUGUUACCACCGUGAGUUCUUAACUGUUCAGGGGGCUUCGAUGGGUUUCAACCAUCGCAGGGCGCCAUAUCUGAUGAACAAUCCUGGGGCGUACCCGGUUGACGGUUCUGUGAUGUUUGGCAUGCAGAAUAACAAUUUAAGAGGCAUCAAUGCUUCGAUGCAGCGCAGUAACAUGAAGGCCAACCUGAGCAAGAAACCUGCACAAAAAUGUGAACCAAUUGCCUGCGGUGCUCCAUUUACAAUAUGCUACAACUGUUAUGAAGUGCUGCAACUUCCCAAGAAGUCUCCCUUGCCAGGGAAGGAUGAGUACAAGCUACGUUGUGGGUCAUGCUCGCAUGCAAUUGUGGUCAAGCUUGAUGGAAGCAGGCUUGAUGCUUCAGCACCUUCGCCAGUUUCACACAUCUCCAGUGGUAGUAAAGUUAACUCCAGUGAUGUCCAAGCAAGCAUUGCAAAUACUGCUAUUGGCGAGAGAAUGUUUCCACUUUACAGUUUUUCUGCAGGGAGUCAUGGCUCUCAAGAAAGAGAUCUACACUCAAACUCAAGUGACGCAGAGAAAAAUCAAGGUCUAUCUUCAUCAUCUAGCAUUUUUGAAGAUGAGAACAGCCCUGCAAGAUCUAAUUCACAGAGAGGCACACCUGGGUCUAGGAAUGUACCUGUCGAAGCCCAAGUCAUUAGACGUGUUCCGAGUUUACCUCUUCGGGAUCAUUUUGGAUAUUCACCAUCUGAGAGGGUGAUUGAUGGAUCAGGAAAAGGAAGUAGAAGUACCCGGUCUGAACAUGAGAAGACUGUUUUAACUGAAAGUUUCAAACACAACACCAUAAAAGAUGUACGUGUAGUGAGUGUGAUGGACUUGUCAGAUGAUGAGUACGAGGAUCCUGACUAUAGUCAAAAUCCAGGCAAUGGGGCACAGCACGUAGAUCGCCCUACAGUCUCAAAGUCGGGUGAUUCAUUCUUCACCAAUCUCAUAAAGAAAAGUUUCAAAGGCAAUGGCAGGUCAAAGGUUUUCAUUAAUGGCUAUCCCAUCUCUGAUCGUGCUGUUAGGAAGGCAGAGAAGAUUGCCGGACCAAUCUAUCCUGGUGAAUACUGGUAUGACUACCGUGCUGGAUUCUGGGGUGUAAUGGGCCAGUCCUGUCUUGGCAUGAUACCUCCGUACAUUCCGGAACUUAACUAUCCUAUGCCCAAGAAUUGCGCCGGUGGGAAUACUGGUGUAUUCAUCAACGGGAGAGAACUUCAUCAGAAAGAUUUCGAUCUGCUCGUGGGUCGAGGUCUCUCGGAAUCUCCUGACAGAUCAUAUAAGGUCGAGAUGUGUGGUAAAGUCUAUGAUGAAGUCUCUGGUGAAGAACUUUAUUGUCUUGGCAAACUUGCUCCAACCGUGGAGAAAAUGAAGCGCGGUUUCGGUAUGCGCCCCCCAAGGAUCAUCCACUGAGGAAGAGGGUUCGUCGCCGCGCAAGAACUGCGGCCUGGAGAUAGCCCACGUUUUGGAUUCUGCGGAAUCAUUUUCAUAGAAUUGUCUGGUUCUCCCCCUGUAGCUAUAAGCUGUGUGGAGUGUGUCAUGCUUUUGCUGAUUGUUGUUGUUCACUUGUUCUGCCUACCUAGAUUACUAGAUAUAUCAUAUAUGUAACCAA